AUGGGUCAAGGAGCAUCGCACGAUACCCCGCAACUGACGCUGGAACAACUCUCCCAAACCAUCGCCCAACGCUUCGCGUCAAAAAGCUUCUCCCCGCUCGAACUCUACUGCUUUAACUCCGUCUUCCGCUCCCUCGCCGACACCGAAUCCGGCGUACAAUACUGGAGCGAAAGCACGCUAUGUCGUUUCCUCGAACUGCCUGAUGCGCUCGGCGUGGGCUCUGUUGUCUUCCAGAUGGCUAGCUACCUGGGCGCGUUUCCCCUUCCGAGCCAGGCGCCGGCUAUACUUACACAAGAGGCGUUGCUGAAGGUUGUUACGAUAUUGACGGAGAGGUAUGGGGCUGUGCUUAAGAAGAGGGGGAAGGAGAUUUGGUUGAGGGAGGUUUAUAGGAGUUUGGCAAUUUAUGAUAAGGGGAUUCGGUCGAGUUUGGAGGAUAAGGAGAAGGAAGUGGAAGAUAAAGCUAAGAAGGUGGAGGGCGGGAGCAGUAAUAUGGGGUGGGCGAUUGAUGCGCCGGACGAGGGAGAGGAAGGGGAGGACGAGGAUGAUGAUGAGUUGGUGCUGGCUGCGUUGGACUCUAUGGAUGCGAUCGACGCGUUUAAGCAUGGGGAGCAGACGAAUGUUCAUCAUUCGAUUAUACCGACGGACAACUUCCUCAAGCUGGUUCAGCUGCUGCUGCUUAUUGCGCCGAUCGAUGCGCAGCAAAGUCUCUCGUCACUGGCACCGGAUCUCUCAGAUAAGCGGGUCGAGAAUUUACGGCAGGCGGCGCAUGUCAUACUGUCGUCUUUCAACGUCGAGAAUCAUCCAGGAGUCACAUAUCGCACCUUCAACACUGUCGUCUCAACAACGAUGCCCUACUUGUUCAACGGCCUCAACCCACUAUUCGAGCACUUCCUCUUUGCGAAAGACUUCGAUCUCUCCAAAAAGAAGGCAGGUCCUGGCUCACCCACACAAGGGAGCAAGCCUGUGAUACCUCCGCCGAAGGCAGAACUGGAGCCAGUCUUACGGGAGCCGGGAGAGAUCUUGAACUUGACUACACUCAGCCAACUCUCGUUCUUCAUCAAGGGCAGCAAUCUCUUCCGCAGACUACGUCCACUAUACAGCGGCAACACCCACGGCUUCAGCAUGGGCUCCUUCGAAAAGCAAGUCUUCAACUGGCGCGCGCCUACCAUCCUCCUCGUAAAAGGCCGUCUCCUCCCUGCAACACCCUCUAGCACACGGGAACGCGCAUUACAAGACAUGCUCCCACCCAAACGCCACCCCUCCAGCAUAACAUCCAGCGCGCCCAACCAAACCCUCAUCUACGGCGCCUACAUAUCCUCACAAUGGAAACACACAGGCAAAACCUGUUUCGGCGACUCCUCCACCCAGCUCUUCCAACUCUCCCCCACCCACGACAUCUUCCCCGCCUCCACCUUCAGCAAAGACUACACCUACUUCUCCAAAUCGCCCACCCACCCCGCGGGCCUCGGUCUCGGCACCCCCAUCCCCACACAAACAGCCUCCUCAACACAGUUCUCGCACUCGCCCUUUCGCCCUGGCCCCGUCUCCCUGCACCUCGAUGACGCGCUCGAAUUCGGCAUCUUCACGCAUCUGUCGGAGGGCGGGGGCUCGUUCCAUCCGAGCAAGUUGCCUGGCAGGAAGAAGAGGGAUUGGCAGGAUCGCUUUGAGAUUGAGUGUUUGGAGGUGUGGGGGUGUGGUGGGGAUGAGGUUGCGGAACAGCAGAGGAAAGAGUGGGCGUGGCAGGAGAGGGAGGCGGAGGCGAGAAGGAGGGUUAAUCUUGGGACGGGGGAUGCGGAGAUGGAUAGGGAGUUGUUGAAAAUGGCGGGGAUUAUUUCGGGGGAUAGGAGUGGGGGGAGUAUGGGGUGA